AUGAAGUCACCCUUAAUCCUGGGGGUCGUCCUGAUCCUCGCCUCACAAGCCGCCGCUUCGGCAUUGGUCAAUCCAUGGCAGAUUGUGUUCUACUGGUACACCUACCGGCUUUCCGUCCUGGCCAACGACGUAAGCGGUAACAAAGACGUUGCCGCGACAUGCCGUGGGACUGGACCUGGAAAUAGCUGCAACUUUGACGAAUUUGCUGAGUAUAUCCAGGCUCGGAACAAAGACUACUCUCCUUUCCCCAAGGGAACCAUCGGCACGGAUCUCACACCCGAUCCUCAGGAUGCCGUCAACAAGAUCAAUAAAGCAACUUGGAAAUCGUCCAAUCCUCAAGACCCGCGCACUUUGUUUCCCGCGAAGUGGGGCAAGUCCAAGACCCUACCAGGGCUCGGCGAAAUGCUUCAAGAGGCUGUCGAUAUUGCCAACAAGAUCCGGUCCUCUUCUACCGCUGUUGCAAAGCUUGGGGGCGAUAUGACAAAGGUAGUGGAGCUGACCAACAUGAAGUCGGUGUUGAAUACUAUCUCCAUUGCCCGCAAGCAGGAUUUCUGGGAUGCGAAUACGUACAAGCUGAUCGCGAAUGCGCUGAAGGCCGACAGCAUCGAUGUGCAGCCCAAGACUAUGCAGGGCCUGGAUGGCAAGACAUUCACAUUGAUCGAUACCGAGGCCCUCGUCAAGGGAGCGCCUAACCCUGGCGAUCUACGCAAGAGCAUCACAAACGCCUUGGCCAGCAACCCGACCACCAAGAAGAUCAAGAAUCACCCCAAUGCCAUUGCGAAGGUGGACGAGGCUCUGAGCGAUCUGUUGAGUACAAUCGCUUGUACAUAA